AUGACUUUGAAAGACUACACCAUUACCGUUUUGGGCUGUGGAGUGAUGGGCACGGCCGUUUCUUCAGCCAUUCUCAAAUCCAAGGUUGAACCCUUUCCAGCUAAGCUUAUUGCCUGCAACACAACUGAAGCAGCAGCUACUUUGGCUCUAGAGACUUUGAACAGCCCCAUCGUUGAGCAUUCGUUCGGCUUGGAAUCGAACAGAAAGGCUGUCUCCCAAGCCGACGUUAUUAUCCUUGCUUGUAAGCCAUUCAUGUACCAGACUAUUUAUGAUGAGGUCAAGGACUCUUUGACUGGAAAACAGUUGCUCAUUUCUUUAUUGGCUGGAACUACUAUCUCUGAAUUGACAAUUUUCACCCCCUAUGUGGCCAAGGUUAUGACCAACACCCCAGCGCGUUUCGGAUGUGGUACUGCUGGUAUUUCGUUUUCGCCAGAAGCUGAAGCUAAGUACGAAGACUUGGUGUUGAAGUUGAUUGGCACUGUUGGAGAGGCAUUCAAGAUCCCCGAAAAGAACAUGGACGCCGCAACUGCGCUCAUUGGCUCUGGUCCAGCCUUCUGUUUGUUAAUGAUGGAGUCUUUAAUUGACGGAGGUGUUCGUAUGGGCUUGCCAUUCGAAGUAGCCAAGUUAUCUGCUGCCAAGGUCAUGGAAGGUACUGCCAGAAUGGUUCUUGAAACUGGAGACCAUCCUGCUGCAUUGAAGAGUAUGGUGUGUACACCUGGAGGAACUACCAUCGGUGGUUUGUUGAAGAUGGAAGACGCAGGUGUCAGGGCAGGUAUUGCCAGAGGUGUAGAAGAAGCUGCGGUGAUCUCUGCUUCAUUUGCAAAGAAGAAGUAA